AAAGGAAAUAUCUGUAAACUAAAAAGGAAAACCUAGCCCCACUAUAUCCACACGCCCUAAAGCUCCAUCUCCGGCAAGGCAGCCUGUUCCGAUGAAAUCUCAACGGCAAAGCACAAGUGAGGAUACACAUUAGCCAUGAGCUUGAGUAAAUGCAUUUGGAUGCCCCAAAACUCUCACAGACAUCAUGAAUUCAAUCUUAGUGAAGACUUCUUCAGCACAUUACAAGUAUAUCAUCUCUACAUGCAUAGAAUGAGCUCAACGAGCUAAUACCACUAUUGAAAAGCCAUAAACGAGUGAUAAACCUUCUCCAAGGUUGUGAUGUGAUCCAGAAGAAUGAGACCAGAACUGAAAAUUUCAGUUGCUCCCACAAAUGAGACAGAUGAAGAAGCUCUACUAUCGUUCCUAAGUCUUGUUACGAGUCCUAGUAAUUUUUUGGCCAAGAACUGGACCAGGAAUACUUCUUUUUGCUCUUGGUUUGGUGUCACUUGCAGUUCAAAAGGACAAAGGGUUGUGUCCUUGACUCUUCCUAAUUUGCAAAUUCAAGGCACAAUUAUGCCGUCUUUGGCCAAUUUAUCCUUUCUCAGUUUGCUUGAUCUCCAGAACAACAACUUCCAUGGUGGCAUCCCUUACGAACUUGGCCACUUACCUCGCUUGCGUGUGAUUGAUGUUAAAAACAAUCAGCUCAAUGGAAGUAUUCCAGAAAGCCUAUUUCAACACCGGAAAGUUCAAGUAAUUUCAUUGGCUUUCAAUGAAUUCAGUGGUGAAAUAUGGAAAGGGCCCUGGUAUGCACAGGAACUCAGAGUCUUGAAUCUCAGGAACAAUACCCUCACGGGUGUAAUCCCUCCUUCUGUUGGAAAUGCCACAAAGUUGCUGAACUUCACUUUGUCUGGGAAUAGAAUCAAUGGAAACGUUCCAAAGGUGAUUGGUAAUCUGAGCCAACUUGCAAACUUGUACUUGUACGAUAAUCAAUUAACAGGUUCGAUUCCUGCAACACUCUUUAAUAUCUCAUCGCUACUUGUUGCAUCGCUGUCAUUCAAUAGACUUUCUGGUCCUUUCAUGCUUGAUGAUGGGAAUACUGUGUCAAAUCUUCAGUUUAUAAAUUUAGCUAAGAAUCAAAUUUAUGGUAACAUUCCUUCAAACAUAUGCCAACUCACAGAGCUGAAAAUUUUAUCCAUUUCUUUCAACAACAUAACUGGAGAAAUACCUAGGAAUAUUGGUUGUCUAGCCAAGCUCAAGGAGAUCUAUAUUGGAUAUAAUGCAAUUAGUGGGACUAUUCCUACUUCAUUGGGCAAUAUUUCCACUCUGCAACACCUGAAUUGUCAAACCAAUCGCAUAGGGGGGCAAGUUCCUCCAGAAUUGGGGAAGCUGUCACAUUUGACGCAAUUAAGCUUUCAAGAGAAUUAUAAUAUUAUCGGUGAAAUUCCAGAGGCUAUUUUCAAUAUAUCUUCUUUGGAAAUCAUUGCCUUCAAUUUCAACAAUCUCUCGGGGAGAAUUCCAACCACUACAGGUCUUCAUCUUCCAAACCUUAAAGAGCUUCUCUUGGGAGUCAAUAAAAUCAAAGGGGCAAUUCCAUUGUUCAUAACAAAUGCUUCCAAGCUUGAGAUACUUGGGCUAGAAGAAAACUUCCUCACAGGAACUAUUCCUACUAAUUUGGGAAAUCUUCGUGAGCUGCGAAGUCUUAUAGUACAUGAAAAUCAACUUACCAAUGAACCAAGAGAGAAUGAGCUGAGAUUCUUCAAUUCAUUGGCGGACUGUAGGAUGCUUCGAUAUCUAGAUGUGAAUUCCAAUCCGUUGAAUGGUGUUCUUCCCAAUUCUAUUGGAAAUCUUUCAUCUACAAUUGAAUUCUUUCAUAUAGGAGAUGCACACAUCAAUGGCUUCGUUCCCACUAGUAUUGGCAACAUGAGUGGUCUUACAAACCUAGUCUUUCAAAAUAACAACCUGACGGGAAAUAUUCCUCCUGAGAUUGGUAAGCUUAGACAACUCCAAGGUUUGUAUGUAACUAACAAUAAAUUGCAGGGACAUAUUCCAAGGGCGCUAUGCCACUUACCUAAUUUGGUUCAAUUGUCUCUAGAUGACAAUGAGCUCUCUGGAUUAAUUCCAGAAUGUUUAGCAAAUCUUAGCAUGCUACAAAAGUUUUAUUCGGGUUUUAAUAAAUUUUCAUCAAAACUUCCCUUGAGCCUUUGGAAAAUGAGAAGUCUUCUUUUUCUAAUCAUGCCACGAAGUUCUAUAGAGGGAGAAGUUCCAUCGGAUGUUGGAGAACUGAAGGCCAUUGUAGAACUAGAUCUUUCCGGAAACCACUUUACAGGAGAGGUACCAAGCAGAUUGGGGGAACUCCAAAACUUGCAGUCUCUUGACCUAUCAAACAAUUCAUUUGUUGGUAAAAUUCCAUCAUCCUUUGCCAACUUGAUAAGCUUGGGAUUCUUGGAUUUAUCUUUAAAUGCGUUGUCAGGUACUAUUCCAAAGUCUUUGGAAAAACUCACAGACCUUAAAAGCAUUAAUGUUUCAUUUAAUGAUUUAGAAGGUGAAAUACCAAGUGGUGGUGUGUUUGCGAAUUCCACUCUGCGAUCAUUUCUUGGGAACAAAGGUCUUUGUGGAAGAGACAUGAUAUUGGAGGUUCCUGCUUGCCCUAUCACUAAUUCUGGACGACAAUCAGUGUCUAAGAAGCUUAUUCUAAAAAUUGUUACUCCACUGAUUAUUUCAUCCUUUUUGAUGUUCUUGUUGGUUUCCAUUUGGAUAAUGAAAAGACGGAAGAAAGGAAAGUCCAAAGAUGUGGAAAAGGUACUGGAGAUCAGGACUCAUCAAUCAGUUUCUUAUGAUGAGAUUCAACGAGCAACAAAUAAUUUUGAUGGAUCCAAUUUAAUUGGUGUGGGAAGCUCUGGCUCUGUGUACAAAGGCACAUUAUUUGGUGGGACUGUGGUGGCCAUAAAGGUUCUGGAUAUGGAAAAUGAACAAGUAUGCAAGAGGUUUGAUACCGAAUGCAAAGUGAUGAGAAAUGUUAGGCAUAGAAAUCUUGUUCCAGUGAUUACUAUUUGUUCUGGUGCCAACAUAAGGGCCUUUGUUUUGCAAUUUAUGCCCAAUGGAAGUCUAGAGAAUUGGUUGUACAAAGAAGAUUGUCACUUGAACCUUCUUCAAAGAGUCACUGUAAUGCUUGAUGCGGCUAUGGGAAUUGAAUAUCUACAUCUUGGUUAUGACACUCCGAUAGUUCAUUGCGACCUAAAGCCAGCCAACAUUCUUUUGGAUGAAGAUAUGGUGGCUCAUGUUGGUGAUUUUGGCAUCUCUAAAAUUUUAGCUGUAAGCAAGUCCGUGGUACAUACCGAGACAUUGGGCACUCUUGGUUACAUUGCACCAGAAUAUGGCUCAGAGGGAAUAGUGUCCACUAGUGGUGAUGUUUAUAGUUACGGCAUCAUGUUGAUGGAGGUUUUGACCAAAAGAAGGCCAACAGAUAAAGAGAUAGUCAAUGGAAAUCUUGACUUGAGGAAAUGGAUCAAACAAUCAUUCUCAGGGACUAUGAUGGAUGUUGUGGAUGUGAAUCUUUUUUCUGAAAAAGAACGAAUCACUUCAAAAAGUGAAAUCUGCAUAGCCUCCAUGAUAGAAUUGGCUCUAGACUGCACAAAGGAAAUGCCAGAAUCAAGAAUAACCAUGAAAGAUGUAGUCAAGAGGCUUAACAAAAUCAAGAACACAUUUCUGGAAACAUAGAAGUUAGCAUCUCUUUCGAUGGUUUCCUUAAUAAAGCCGUCAUGUAUUGUUUGUACUUCUGAGAGUUGCAUUUCCCUCAUUUACUUCAAUAUAGUUCAGCUGCAGUAUUUUACUUUCUGUUUGCAAGCUCCAGUGGUUCCAUAUAUCCUGUAAUUUUAGUAUCCAGUUAACUUGGCAACACAAAUUACUUCAAUUUAGAAAUGCAUUAGAAAGGGAA